AUGUACUGUAUUGCAUUGGCCACAAUUGUAAGUCUCCAAUUGGAACAUGGAUGGUAUUAUUUAGCAUGCAAAAAAUGCAACAAGAAAGUAACAGAAAACAAUGAAAAAAUAUUUCACAAUGAUGGUGAAAAGUCAGCCACUACUUUCUUCUGCAAAAAAUGCAACAAAUCGAUUGUUGCUGAAGAUUUCAAAGUUCGGAUUCGAGUAAUUGAUGAAAGUGGUACUGCAUCAUUUGUCAUGUUCGAUCGGGAAGUAAUGUCUAUUGCGCACAAGUCUGCUUAUGAUUUGAAGGACUCUUUAUCAAGGGUUGAUGAUAUUGAUUCAUGUCAAGAGGAACUCAACAAUCUUGUGGGAAAAAAGUUUCUUUUUAAAGUUGAGAUUUCUAAUUACAACCUCAAGCAAAAGUGGGAAGUUUAUGCUAUAAAUAAGAUGAGUGAUAAUGAUGACCUAAUGCAGUCUUUCUUAAGUACUUCUACCAUCACUAAGGAUGAUGCUUCAAAUUCUAUAUCAAUCAACUACGAUGGACAUAAAGCAAUCGUUGACGUUGAGAAGGAAUCAAUUUCAUGCGUUGAAGAUAAUGAUCAACUGUUAGGGUCAUCUCCUAGCAUAUCAAUUAAACAAUCAAUAGAAGUUGAUUCAUGUGACUUUGAAGCUGAAUUAUCUACCACUAAGAAGAAGAAGACUGAAGUGAAGAUUGAAAAGGAUGAGAAUUGA